AUGGCCCUCAGUCCAGAUCAUCCGCUCGCAGCCUAUGCCAACCCAGAAGAGGCAGGUCGCGCACCAUCUCCAGGUCCUGAUUUCACAGGAAUGACACAAGCAGAGACCAAGGAACACCGCCCACGCGCCGGUGAGCGAUGGACUCGGCAAGAGUCGGAAAAGAUCCAGGAGCUUCGUAAUCCGCCCAAGAGCAUGCCGUGGAAGCAAAUCUCCAAGAUCAUUGGCAAGACACCGCUGGCAUGUCGUCUUCGCAUGAAUCAGAUCAAGAAGGCAGAGAAGCGGGCAAGGGGCUUCGUCUUCGAGCCACGCCUAAAGUCUCCUCGCCAGUCUGCAAAGAGCAAGGGAAAGAAGACCUCCACGUCCACUACCUCUCCGCCCCAGGCUCCACGUCCAUUAGUCCCAGCAGAGCCACAACAUCCGGUGCCAUCCCUCCGGUCUUUCCAGGAGGGAGCUCCCAUCGCUCCAAUGCAGCCAUCGCAGAGCCGUCUGCUCCCACAGCCAGCCACAGGCUGGGGUGCAACUGACGUCUGGCAACGCGAUACCUAUCAGCAGAUGCCGGAACAGCCACAUCAGUCUCCCCCAUCCAACCUCGACCGUCUGAACGUACUUGCAGACCACGCUUCCCGUCGCCUUCCAAACCUCAACACUCCACUAACCGUCCACACUCACUCGCAGGCCCCAAGCGAGAGUGACCGCCAGCACCCAGCUGCAGACGCCGCAGCAUCUGAGGCACCAAGGAAGCACUCCACCAUUCAUGACAUUCUUAACUAG